CACUAAUAACUAUUAAAAAUAAAAUGGUGAAGUAUGAUAAAAUCAGAAUAAUCUUUAUUGGCCAAGUAUGUUUACCAAUACAAGGAAUUUGACUCUUGUUUAGUGGUUAUUGAUAUAUUUACAUACAUUAACACAACAAUAUCAAGAAAUAUGGUGAAACCAUUUCUGUGAACUGUAAACAAGAUACAUAUAGUGCAAAGAAGUGAAGUGUAAAUGAAGUUUGUUUCAAGAGUAGUUUGGUUGAUAUACUAAUAUAACGUACACAUGAAGCCUAAACUAUAUUAUAUUUUUAUGGGCAGUCUAGUGUUGACUGUAAUGCAUUUCUAUCCCAAAUAAAUGGUUUAUAUCCACUGAUUAAUGUUUAAUUUGUUCCAGCUGUAGCACUAGAUGUUGUUGGGCAUUAUUUUGGCCCCUCUUAGGUAUAAUUUAUCUCAAUAAUCCAGGUUUUUAUUCAUACGUAGGUUCAGUUAACAGCUAACAAAACCACUGUUGAUCGACGGGUACGAGCUUUGCACGCCCCCGAUGCGUCUUGCUCUCGUAGCCAGUUCACCUAUUCAUAUGUAAAUGAACCGACACAUAUACUUAGCACAUGCCCUCUUGAAGCGGCAUUAUCGAGCCCAGUCUGUCUGUACGCUUUGUUGGCCGCUGGGCUCGGCCAUCUGUCCCACUGAGAGGCUGUAACGGCUCUUUGGAUCCGGAGGGCUUCUGGCAGCGCCUGGGUUAAACUUUCACAACAUGGCCCCCAUCCGAAACAACACAAACGGAGUGGAUAGAGGUGAUAACUGCAGUGGAGUCAAACCUGACAGAAAGAUGAGGAAACCUCUGGUCGAGAAGAAAAGAAGAGCACGCAUCAAUGAAAGUUUACAAGAACUCAGAGUACUCAUCGCAGACGCAGACUUACAAUCAAAGAUGGAGAAUGCCGAAGUACUGGAGAUGACAGUGAAACGGGUGGAGAGCAUCCUGCAUAACCGGGCUCAAGAGAUGGGCGCUGUGAACCGGGAGGCCUGCGAGCGUUUCGCGGCAGGUUACAUCCAGUGUAUGCACGACGUCCACACUUUUGUGUCCAGCUGCCCGGGAAUUGACCCAACCAUCGCCGCGGAGCUGCUGAACCACCUCCUGGAGAGCAUGCCCCUGAACGACGAGGACCGCCUCCGGGUGAUGCUGCCGGAUAGCCCCGGCAACAACAGCACUUGGUCCCUGCCUGAGAGCAUGUCCCCGGCCUCGGUGUCCCCGGUGUCCCCGGCCCCAUCCAGCGUCUCCACCGACGAUCUCUGCUCUGACCUGGAUGAAACCGACUCAGAGCAAAGCCAUGUUUCUUCUUCAGAGGAGGCCGAGCAGCAUGAUGUGUCGAGCCUGCCUUCUUUAAUAUACCCCAAGUCAGUGUGGAGACCGUGGUAGAUCAUUUUAAGAAGAAAAAGCAUGUUUUAAUAAACUACAGUAGAUGAUUUAAAGCUUUGUGGUAGGAUGUUUUGCGCCAUAGGCCUCACUCAGUACAAGACAAAAACACUACUGGAAUGACAACUUGUUGAAAGGCAUAUGAGAAGCUCUUUGUGUAAUUAUUGGGGAUCAACAAUUAAACUGAAAUGUAUUUAAUAAAUAAAAUAUGUAAUUAAAUCUGUUUUACAGAGGUCAGUGACCUAUAGGGUGUUCAUGUGGAGGUGGCCUGCCUUCAAUGAAGGGGAAAUGCAUAUGUAAAUAUUUACCUGUUGAAUAUGACUGAGCUGUAUAGAAGAUAGAUGUCACGUUAGAAAUGCAUUGAUAGCUGUGUGUAAAUUAUUUCUUAUUUAGGAUGUCUUUAAUGUCAAAUGACAGUUAGGCUACCUCAUCUGAUUUG